CCAAAUGAAAUGAUUUAGCUAAGCCAAAAACAGAGUUCAUUAGACUUGGAUUAUACUGCAUAAAUACGUCUACUAAAUGUAAAAUGAAGAAUUUAUGCAUAUUCUCAUAGCAGCACUGUCUAUGGUGACAAACCUCAAGACUAAAAUAAGACAAAAAAAACUUUGGCAGACAGAUCUACUAGAGUGAGGGCGGUAAGCAUUAGUCUAGGUGCCCACACCAAUAUUAUUUAAAGUUUUAGCAUUAAUUAUUUAUUUCUCGAAUUAUUUUUCAAAACCCAUACUAAAACACCAACUAAUAUGGAAACGUGUUAAUUUUACUUGUAUUCCAUUCAAUUUUCACUGACGAGUAGACGUCUGUUUGACAUUUUAGCAAACACCUUGUAUGCAUUUUCACCGAUUGAAUUUAUUUCUCAUUCGCCUACUUAUCUGAUGAGGAUAAAGAGAGGAUCGAUGCAGAUUUUUUCAAGUAGAUCCUGGAUCCUGUUGGUAUUCUAGUAAUGUUUCUCUUUGUUUUUUUUUCAAUGAUCAUAAAAGCACAAUCUCAGCAGUAGCUAUACAUGUUAAAAUCUUUAGUGUCACAUCUAGUAGACUGCUGCCGCCAGGUGAUCAAAACAAAAUGAGAAGUGGACUAUAAUUGCAAAAUUUUCAGGGGUCCCUUCUAAGGUGACUCUGAGGUUAUGUAUCAAAUCUUCCAUUUCCCAUAUAGGCAUAAAUUGGCGUCUAUGUGUAUGCAAUCCAUAAAUUGGUAAACCUUGUGAGAGAAGUCAUGGUUGCAUCAGUUUUCUCCGAGAUUUUUCGUCUUCCAUGCAUUUCAGUUGAUAUUUUGUGGCUUCAAUCAGCGGCGGAUCCUACAUAUAUGUAAGUUCUGGAUGCAAGUUCAACAACCACCACCUCUGACUUGAACUAUGUGCAUUAAAUUUUGUAAAGCAUGUUAAUUAGAUGCAUGUGAUCCAUGCCUCUAACUCGAAUUUAAUAUUUAGAGGUGCAACCACUUCUUUAAAUUGUACAUCAACCUCGAAGUAUAUCCUGUGAUUUCUUGCUUAACCUUGAACUCUCAGUAAUUAUGAGUUUCAUGGAUUUUAGUCGAGAUACUGAACUUUAUUGGGUGCCUUUUGAUGGACCAAAUAUGUCUGCCACAAUACCUAACUAUUUUAGAAAGAAAAAGGGCUGUCCAAGAAUUGAAUAUUUGUUUGGUCCCUACAAGUAACGAAUUCUUUCAGCACUCAACAAAAAGGACUAAUCAGUAGCUUCCUUUCUUAUAUUGGCUCCUUUGUCAUCAAAACCAUAACAUGUCAGUUGGUAAACUGGACACCAUUAUACAAUAUCAUCCAUGCUCUCUCCUAUAGCCAUUGUAUUUGUGACUGGAAAUUGCACCUAUGAUGUUGGAUGCAUAAAUGGUUUUAAAUAUUUGUUUCUGAGAUUCUGGUGUUAUAAUCGAUUUUGUUCUUGUGUGCUAUAUUUGAGGCGGAUAUGGCUUGGAUUAGAGUAAACUUGAAACCUUGUAUACCAUUGUUAAACUGAAUUAGCUUCCUUAUAUUUUUAGAUUUUGGUUACGGGAUUUAGAGAAGUACGUUCAGAGCCAGAGCCAUUAUUUGAUGACUGUAGGAUGAGGUGUACUUACUACAAAAUGAUACCAGUUAUUGUUACCUUACAUAUAACAUUUCAAGUUAUUUCGUAUCAUACAAAAUCUUAUAAACAACUUCCCUUUUUAGGAGUGGAAAGGAGGGACGCGAGGGUAUUCUAAUAUCCUAAACACAAUUAGUACAAUCAUUUGUCUCUUUUUCUUUCCUAAUCAAGGUUUAAGUAAUUAUGCAUGCAGUUACAAAGGGCGGAUGGCACCAAAAAUAUCUAAGAACUAGUUUAGUAGUGAGCUCAAAUUUUGCAUGCCCUUGAAGUCUCGCAAGUGCAAUUCUACAAGUUGUUAAACUUGUUCCUUGGUCUACUACUAAUGAUAUUCAAGAAAAUAUGUAUAUUUAUCCCUUCUAUUGUUUCAUAUAGGAUAGCUAUGAACAGACUAAAUGACUAGAUUCUCUCGGAAUGCUAGCUAAGCUAAUCGUCUUAGUUCUCUUCAAUUUAAAUAAGCUUUUUGAUUGAUUCAGGCGCCGCUCCCCCUUCUCAGAAUUAGAACCCCAAUCCGAUUGUUCUGGAUGUUUCAUAUGCAUUUAUCUUUUCCCCAGUAUAUCCUUGUAAGGAAUCAUUUUGGAUUCUUCUGCAUAAAUUCUAUUAUAUGGGUCAGUUAAGAGGAUUUCAGAGUUUCUUCUCUAAUUGGAUACUUGGUUCUGACCAGAUACUAUGAAUGUGAUGAUUGUUUGUUUAUAUCUAAUAGUUGCUUAGAGUUAUAAAAGAUAUCCCUUCGUUUCAAGUUUGACUACUGAGAACAUGAAAGGAAAAGGGAUAAAAAGAGGGGUAGACAAAGCAAGAGAACAAUCAGAAAAGAUUUGGUUAAGCUCAACUAUCCCUAAAAACAAUCAGAAAGUACUAUUACUCAUAUAAUUUUUGUUACUACAGAUGCCUAAGAUAGGAAAUAGGAGGAAACAUAUUUAACGGCGAAGGUAAGUGUUGACCGUUAAUUUAAGUUUCAAAAGAGUAACACUUUAUCUAUCUGAGUAGUAAUAGUACAUGCAGUAGUCCUAUAAUAUACAGUUCCUAAUUUGUCUGUUUCCAAAACAUCCAAGACAAAUUACGAUGACUCAGGUUACUCUCAAGUGAGCAAAUGUGCUUAUGUGCAUUAAGAGACAGUUACAUGUUUAAAUGUGGAUAAGAUAACCUUUCAGUCUCUUUGACAUUUGUGAAGCAUGCAUAGGUGAAGUUUGUCCCUAUGCAUCUCUCUUAAAAGCUAAUGUAAGAAAACUAGGUGUCAGGUGGGAUUCUAUAUCUUUGAAAUACUGAAACCAACAACUAUCAUUUUUUAAUUUUGAGUUGAUGCUUAUGUGCAUUAAGAGACAGUUACGUAUUUAAAUGUGGAUAAGAUUUCAGUCUCUUUGUCAUUUGCGAAGCAUGCAUAGGUGCAGUUUGUUUAUGCAUCUCUCUUAAAAGCUAAUGUAAGAAAACUAGGUGUCAAGUGGGACAAUAUCCUUGAAAUACUGAAUCAACAACUAUCAUUUUUAAAUUUUGAGUUGAUAAGUUGAACUGUACUUUGACCAUUAAUUCAAACAUGACUUGCUUGUUGCUGCAGCAAGCACCAGAAACUUAAGAUUGAACUUUAAAAGCUAUCAACACUUUGAAUUGAUUUCCACAAAUAUGCAAAGUCAUCCUUCAAGCACAGGAUAUCUGUUUUAUGGCCUAAGUAUCAUUGGCAAUCACUUGUGAACAUACUUUUUAAAUUGAGGCUGAAAAAGGCUGCCACAGUUGUCACAUCUGCUUGCAUAAUAUAUUCCACCAAAUGGAAGUUAAAAAGUUGAAAUAUGUGUUGCAUGCAUGUAUGUAUGUAUGAGAUAAAUAAUUUAACUACUAGAAAGAGACUUUUCUGAAAUUAACUUUAAUGAAGAGUUACAUGUCCUUUUAAGGUUUGAUUAACCAAGAAACAUAUUUAGCAUCUUCUAAAAAAUGAUUCUUGAAUCCUAAUCACCAUUACAACUUCCUGUUUUGGAUAUCUCCCAACCAUCAAACUCAUCUACUCUAUCUUCUCUUGCUGCUGCCUGCAAAGAAUGGGGUUUCUUUCAUGUUAUCAAUCAUGGAAUCUCCAAUGAUCUUUACAAAAAAAUUAGGUGCCUCUCCAAACACCUUUUCAACCUCCCUUCUGAGACCAAACUAAAAGCAGGUCCUUACUCGUCUUUGAAAACUUAUACUCCUCAUUUCAUUGCAUCUCCAUUCUUUGAAAGCCUUAAAGUGUCUGGACCAGACUUCUCUGGCUCUGCUAAGGGUUCUGCGGAUACCCUUGCUAGUGAAGGGAAUUCAGAAUUCAGUGAAAUAGUGCAAGAAUAUGGAGGCAAAAUGACAGAGUUAGCGAAAGUCAUCCAGAAAACUCUCUUGAUGAGUUUGGGAGAAGAACUUGGAAUGAAGUAUUAUGUCUCAGAAUUUGGUAGCUGCCAUGGAUACUUGAGGAUAAAUAACUACUCGUCCCCGGAUAGUUUAGAACAGGAAGUUGAAGGCCUCGGUAUGCACACUGAUAUGAGCUGCAUAACAAUUGUCUAUCAAGAUGAAUUAGGUGGCCUCCAAGUAAGAUCAAAGGAUGGGAAGUGGGUGGAUAUUUUGCCAUGUGAAGGAACUCUUGUGGUAAAUAUUGGUGACAUGCUGCAAGCUUGGAGCAAUGACAAACUACGAUCCUCUGAGCACCGUGUCAUUCUGAAGAAGCCGGUGAACCGCUUUUCUUUAGUUUUCUUUUGGUGCUUUGAGGAUGAGAAGGUGAUCUUGGCACCUGAUGAAGUAGUUGGUGAAGAAAAUUCAAGACUCUACAAGUCAUUUGUUUGCUCUGACUAUUUAAACUUUAGAGUGACAAAUGAGAAAGGUAAAUUCGAGAAAGUUGGUUUUACAGUUAAGGAUUUUGUUGGGAUUGGAUCCAAGUUAAAGUAGAAGCAUGGUUGUCAUUCUUUGAGUAGUUAGUUUAUAAGCUUGUAUAUCUCCUCAUGUUCCAUCAUUGCAACAUAGGUAUCUAGGAGUUCUGUUUGUGUGAAACUUUUUUUUAUAUAAUACUAUGUUUUGUUAUAUGAUGAUAUUGUUUGCAAGUUACUUGUAAGUGCAUUCAGUGAAUGAUAAGAAGAUGUAUACAGAAAGGUUUUGACUUGACAUGGCUAA